AUGCUGCCAAUCACCGUGCACCUGCAGCCUCCGCCCGAGCCUGCCCCGCGCGCCUGCCUCCCGCGUCUCACCCGCACCUGGCCGCCGCAGCACCGCAGGACAGCCUCCCGCGCGCCGCCGCCUGGGGCCGACGGGAAUGGCAGAACCGGAAUCGCGCUGGGUCCAUCUCCUCUCCCAUUCUCCGCCGCCGCCUUUCCCGUCGUGGCCGUGCGAGGCGCCGGCGUCCCUCCAGCCUCCUCCUGGCGGCUGGCGCUCCACCCGCUCAUCGCCUGCGCCGUCACCGGCCUCGUCGCGCAGGCGCUCGCGACCGGCCUCGUCGUCACGGCCGGCGCGCUCCCCCUGGACGCCGCCGCUGCGUGUGUCCCCGACGACGCCGGGUGCGCGGCGGUCGCUGGGCUCGGAAUCCAGAUCUGCUUGUCCUCACUGAGUUUUGCAGGAGAUAAGAACAUUCAAAUUGUCAUACUGGAGUUGAAGACACAAGAAGCAUUGUGGUCCCCGCCUGCCCCUCGACAUUACAACCUGCGUGCAAAACGAGCGAAGCUCACAGUCCAGAUGGACCAAGACCGUUGUAAUUGGGACGGGCCAACUACCAGAUUGUUCCUUGACCUCUGUAUUGCUGAGAAGGAGAAAUUCAACUUCACAAGUCAGGGGUUAACAAAGGGCAGGUGGCGUAACGUGCAAUGCAGUUUCAAACAAGUUGUAGGCGCUCGAUUUUCUAACAAGCAGAUGAGCAACAAAUUGCAGUCUUUGAAGAAAAGAUACCAGGCCUGGAAUGAUCUGCAGAAUAGCAGUGGCCUAGGGCGUAACAAGGCUACGGGAGGUGCUGAGGCUGAUGCCAGGUGGUGGGAUGAGCAACAGACUAGGCAGGAUGCCAGAGAGGUGGAGGAUACCGCAGAGGCUGCUGAACCACGUGGUGCACCACCUCCUUACGCUGACCAACUGUAUAUUCUGUUCGGAUCCCACCAAGACAGGGGCUCUUUCAUGUUUGCAGGCGGUAUAAGUGAGUCAACCACACCUGCAAGACAUGAUUCCGCUGGCCCCUCCUCCAAAAGAGCGGCUGAGGACAACGAGGUCAACAGCCUACCAAAGAAAAAGAGUUUCAGUGCGGAGGACUUCAUGAGGCAGAUAUCUGAAAGCAUUGUUCAUACCUGCGAGCAGGCGGAGGUUUUCGAAGUCAUGGAGAUGCUGAGACAGGACGGUGUUCCAGAGGGGUCUGAGCUGUACUUCAAAGCAUUAGAUCUGUUCAAGAACUCGGUUUGCCGUGCGCAGUACAAGAACAUGCAUGACCCAGCAAACCGCGUAGCGUAGCGUGGAUCGAAUGGACCUGGACUUAUGGGAAGCAAAAGUAGAAUGGGUCAUAUUUCACGAAGCAGUUAGCUUAUGGAGUGUAGUAGUUUAGUUGUCAUGUCGUGGCUUCCAAACAAUGUUUGUAAUAAUAUCUUUCAGUUAUCGAACUUAAGUUUGUAUGCGUACUUCAAAUGCCUAUGUUCAUAAUUUCAUUGUGCGUGUAGUCAUCGUAA